GAGGCGGGGACUUUUUUUUUGAAGGGGACAAGUGGCCCCAAAUCUACUACUGUUCUUGGGAUAGUGAUAAAGUCUGCUGGUGGGACACUAAGUAUCCCAUCACAGCCACAAGACCAACAGCAAGGACCUACGACCAUCAUGGAGUCGGUGCUGACAGCAUCCAGUUCCCCCACAGGCCGGGUUACCUUCUCCCGUGUCUUUGGCCAACAAUGUCAGCUGAUGGAAGCAGCUGUGCAGUCACUGCACACCCUAAAUGACCAGAUUUCCCACUUCAUUGUCGCCAAGUCGAAGGCACUGGAGGAAGACGAUGACCCCUUUCUACCCACGGAGAAAGAGACGCUGAAGAACUCUAUGAUAUUGAUGAGACACCUCUUAAUGGAUGCCCAGGCCAAAAUCCUGAGCAUGAUGGAAGACAAUAAGCAGCUCGCGCUCCGCAUCGAUGGGGCGGUCCAGUCGGCCAGCCAGGAGGUGACCAACCUGAGAGCCGAGCUCACGGCCACCAACCGGAGACUGGCGGAAUUGAGCGGCGGAGGCGGCGGCCCCGGCUCGGGCCCGGGAGCUGCGACCAGCGCCUCGGCAGCAACGGUGACGGUGGCUGACUCGGCGGUGGCGACCAUGGAGAACCAUCAGCACAGCGCUCAAGUGCUCCUGCGGGAGGAAGUGGUCCAGCUUCAGGAGGAAGUGCACCUUCUCCGGCAGAUGAAGGAGAUGCUGGCCAAGGACCUGGAGGAGUCACAGGGCGGCAAGUGCUCUGAGGUUCUCUCAGCCACAGAGCUUCGGGUGCAGUUGGUGCAGAAGGAGCAGGAACUGGCCAGAGCCAAAGAAGCCUUGCAAGCCAUGAAAGCCGACCGGAAGCGCUUAAAGGGAGAGAAGACGGACUUGGUAAGCCAAAUGCAGCAGCUGUACGCCACUCUGGAGAGCCGGGAGGAGCAGCUGCGAGACUUCAUCCGUAACUAUGAGCAGCACCGUAAGGAGAGCGAAGACGCCGUCAAAGCGCUGGCCAAGGAGAAGGACCUCCUGGAGCGGGAGAAGUGGGAGCUUCGCCGGCAGGCCAAGGAGGCCACGGACCACGCCGCCGCGCUGCGCUCCCAGCUGGACCUCAAGGACAACCGCAUGAAGGAGCUGGAGGCCGAGCUAGCCAUGGCCAAGCAGUCCUUAGCCACACUGACCAAGGAUGUUCCCAAGCGGCAUUCACUUGCCAUGCCUGGAGAGACGGUGCUCAAUGGCAACCAGGAGUGGGUGGUUCAGGCCGACCUCCCGUUGACUGCCGCCAUCCGUCAGAGCCAGCAGACGCUCUACCACUCCCACCCUCCCCACCCCGCAGACCGGCAAGCGGUCAGGGUGAGCCCCUGCCACUCAAGGCAGCCUUCCGUCAUCUCCGAUGCAUCUGCUGCUGAAGGUGACCGGUCAUCGACCCCGAGCGACAUCAACUCCCCACGACACCGGACGCACUCCCUCUGCAACGGCGACAGUCCCGGCCCGGUUCAGAAGAGCCUGCACAGUCCUAUUGUACAGUCACUAGAGGAUCUUGAAGACCAAAAACGGAAAAAGAAGAAAGAGAAGAUGGGAUUCGGCUCCAUCUCUCGAGUCUUCGCCAGAGGGAAGCAACGGAAGUCCCUCGACCCGGGCCUCUUUGAUGACUCCGACAGCCAGUGCAGCCCCACACGGCACAGCCUCAGCUUGUCUGAGGGAGAGGAGCAGAUGGACCGUCUACAGCAUGUGGAGCUCGUGAGGACCACGCCUAUGUCCCACUGGAAGGCUGGCACAGUGCAGGCCUGGCUGGAGGUGGUGAUGGCCAUGCCCAUGUACGUCAAGGCCUGUGCAGAGAAUGUCAAGAGCGGGAAGGUGCUUCUCAGCCUGAGCGAUGAGGACCUGGAGUUGGGCCUGGGUGUGUGCAGCUCCUUGCACAGGCGUAAGCUCCGCUUGGCGAUCGAGGACUACCGCGACGCCGAAGCUGGCCGCAGUCUGUCCAAAGCUGCCGACCUGGACCAUCACUGGGUGGCCAAGGCUUGGCUGAACGACAUCGGCCUGUCCCAGUAUUCCCAGGCCUUCCAGAACCACCUGGUCGAUGGGAGGAUGCUGAACUCCCUGAUGAAGCGGGACCUAGAGAAGCACCUGAAUGUCUCCAAGAAGUUCCACCAAGUCAGCAUCUUGCUGGGGAUCGAGCUGCUGUACCAAGUGAACUUCAGCAGGGAGGUCCUCCAAGAGCGCCGAGCCCGCUGCGAAACACAGAACACAGACCCUGUGGUCUGGACCAACCAGCGGGUGCUCAAGUGGGUGCGCGAUAUCGACCUGAAGGAGUAUGCGGACAACCUGACCAACAGCGGUGUCCACGGUGCUGUGCUGGUGCUGGAGCCCACCUUCAACGCCGAGGCCAUGGCCACCGCCCUAGGCAUCCCCAGCGGGAAGCACAUCCUCCGAAGGCACCUGGCAGAGGAGAUGAGCACCAUCUUCCACCCGGCCAACUCCACAGGCAUCCGGGAGUCUGAGCGCUUUGGGACACCCCCUGGCAGGGCCUCCAGCAUCACCAGAGCUGGGAAAGAGGACAGCAGCAGCAACAGCAAGUCCAGAUCUGGCCGGCUGCCCCUCGGGAAGAUAGGAAGGGGCUUCAGCAGCAAAGAACCUGAUUUUCACGAUGACUAUGGCUCUCUCGAGAAUGAGGACUGUGCGGAUGAUGACCUCCAAGGCAGGCCUGAACAGUGUCGCUUGGAGGGAUACAACAGCCUGGAGGUCACCAAUGUGUAAGAGAGCCGUGUGACUCAACUCUGGAAGAGCAAAGGGAGGGAUAGCCCAGUGGCCCGGUGCUGCCCACCCGCAACUGUACAGAGAGACCUGGGGCUGAGGGCAGAUGUGGUUCCAGGACAGAAUGCCCAGAGAUGGCCACCAUUUCCAGUGGGCACCAAGGACAGAGAAUGCCCACCUAGGAGUCUUGUAUCUCUGAAGACAGGCGUCCUGAGGACACAUCACCCAGCCAUGACCCAGCAGGUGGCCCCAGUGCUGUGGUUCAAGGAACUAGCCCGGUACUCCUGGCACUUUACACUAAACUUCCAAGAAAGGGAGGAGGAGUGUCAGUCUCUAGGCCUGGAACACCCUGCUGGGAGGAGCAGGAACCCUCUCCUCCCCACAACCAGCCUUGGCAGAGCCAAGGGUAUUGAGAACCAGUUGCAAAACCAGCCGGCAGUGACCAGGUGGUAAAUGCCAUCCUUCAGCCCACUGGGCAGAGGAUGUAAACUCUGACCUGGUCACUCGCUCUGGAAGGAUGCAAAAUAGCAUGGGAGUUCCUUCCACUUUGAGAGCACUACAUCACGAGGUGGACAUGUUGGGAGCAAGAGGGGAUCUCUUCAGGGCAGAGGGGCCUGGCAGCAGCAGCCCCAAAGGAUGCGGACAUCCUGUCACCAGAAUGAAUGUGACUUCAAGAGUGUGUGUGUGUGUGGUGGUGCGGGUUACUGAGCUCUGUCCCAGCCAUUCCAAGCAUGGGUACAAAAAUGGGAGAGUGCCUGUCAUUAACCCAACAAACCUCUGUUGUGAUGUCACCUGAGACAGGUGUGCUCACCCAUAACUUAACAGAGGUGCAAAUCUCUGGGUCGCUGGGUUGUCCAAGGAAGGAGCUCCCAGCCAGCCCCUUUCUUGAUUGGCCACUAUUUUGCUGUGUGGCUUCCUCCCAGUAGCCCCACCUCUCAGUGCCUCGGUGUCUUACCUAUAAUACUUCCGGUUCCUCCCAGGGAAGCUGUGAGGAUUAACAUGCGCUAACCUUGGUCCCAGGCUUUGAACCUCUCAGGAAACAACCAGAAGGGAUGGAAUGGGGAGGAGCGAGUCUAGUAACUUUCAUCCACAACAUUUGCAGACACUGGACAAGUUCGCUCCGUCAGUAGGCAAGGGGGGCGUGCAGAAUGUUUAUAUUGAGAGUUUCCCCAAGCCCCCAGCGAGGCCUGGGAGGGCCACCACAGUCUGCAGUCCUGGGUGCAGCACCCAAGCCCAAGCCGACUGAGCAGAGACUUUGCCUACUGACACUAGGGAGGCCUGGAGCACAGUUGUGAGCUGUCAUUCUGCACCAAGCCUCUCUGAGGACAUUUGCACCAGGAGUCCAAGAAAGGUUCAGAUUCCCAAAGCUGACAGUGGGGGCAGCCUCUGAGCCACCAAAGCCUUCUACAGCGAUAUAAAGAGCGUCGCCUUGUAGGAGGACCACAAACAGCCCAUGAACUUGAGAGCUGCUGGUGCCCCGUGUUGAAGACAUCUUCUCGUGAAUGAUCCCAUAGGCAGUCUUCCUCACAAUCCGAAUCCAGAGGUCUCAGGAUUGGGAGGACCCUUUCUGUCUGCAUGCCAGCCUCCGAUGAACACACAUCAGAUGCCAGAAUGCGUAGGGUGAACCUCUGGGGUAUAUAUAACCCAGCUUUGCUCAGGUCCUGCACCCGGAGUGUUUGUAAUAUGCAUUCCCACCCCUGGAAUCCAGAAGCUACUGAGCCCAUAGCCCAUCAAGGAGAAGGAAGCCCUCUUCUAACUGAGAUCAACUGUCACUCUCAAACUAUGUCCCUAAGGGGUGACAGAGACUCUGGGCCCAGGAAUGUAUCGAUAACCUCUCUGGAAGGGUUACUGGCUAUGCUGGCUCCUUGGAGGGGAAGGUCUAGGUACACCCUCUUCCUAAGGGCAGGGAGUCCUACGGCAUCAGAAGGCUCCUUCCCAGUGGACUCUGGGCUUCUGCCCUUGGUGCCUCUGCCAGUCUCCACCCACACCCAGUGGUCACUUCUAGCAGAUUCUCUGUCUUGACUCUUCAAUACAGGAGGUUGUCAUGUGACAGCUAAAUACAGAAGUGGAGAGAAGGGAUUUCUCUUAAGUCUGGCCAGCAUGGGGCACUUAGAUCAGGAAACCCCCCACCCCCCACCCCCCCACCCCCAAAAAAAAAACUGAGGUCAUGAAGAUGGGUGGGGUCUUGGCAGAUGUGACUUUGGAGUUCACUGCAGGAGCCUGGGGGAGAGACAGCUCUGCUGGGACCAUGAUACCCCUUCCCAGAAAACCACUUACUCCAAUGACCGCUUCACAGGCCGUGGGGAAAGGUGCCUCCUGGGUGGUGGCAACUUUGGGGUCUCACUCUAGGAGAGGCCACCAGUGUGGAUGGUGACAAUGUCCCUGACCCAGGAAAGGUUUGUAAAUGUAAAGCAAAUGAGCCGUGAAUGGCAGAGUCCCACACCUUCCCCAAGGAAUUCUAACACUGUAACAAUAAAUGCUCGGCCUGAGGCCACCCCUC